AUGAGCAUUCCAAAUGCUUCAGUGUCAGACGAGUUACUGAAAGAUUUUGAAGAGAUCCAGUGCAGCACCCAGACUGUGCAUUUUGCCCGUCAGACAGAGACUAGAAACGUCAGUCCCAUCUUUGACAAAGAGAGUUUAUCUUCCGAUAAAGACACAGAGAAUGACAGGACCUCAGACAGACUUGACAAAGUGACUUUAGUGCUGGCUGCUCUCCAAAUAGAGAACACUAAACUUUGGUUGAGACUUGAGGAGCUGUAUUGUGAGAUUGAUACGCUCCACAGUGAAAACAAUAAACUCCGAGAUGAGGUUAAAAGUCAGUGGGAAGCAUUCCAUGAGACAUUGGGAUUGUCUAAUCCUGCCCCAAUCAAGAAAAUUAUUGGCCAUAGAGGCAUUGAUGUAACAGGAGAGACCACCUAUAAAAAGACGACAGCCUCGGCCCUUGAGGGUGCUAUCCACCUGGGCAUUGCCUACACAGUGCAAGCAGCAAGUCGCAUGGAUCAGAGAGAAGUGCUGGUCCAGGACUUUGAGGUGGUGGAAAGCAUAUUUUUUCCCAGAAAAGGUAGUAAAUGGACUCCACCUCACCACUAUAAAGACUUCAAUUUUACAAUCUACGCACCAUUUGGUUUUUGCUAUUUCAGAGAGAAAUUUGACAUUCAUUCUGAUGACUACAAGGAUUCUCUUUGUAACGCACUGAUAGAGCUGUCAAACUCUGGAGCAAGCGGCUCAUUGUUCUACCUAUCCUCUGAUGACAAAUUCAUCAUUAAAACAGUGCAGUGCAAAGAGACAGAGUUUCUGCAGAGAAUGUUGCCUGGGUACUACAAUACCCUGCUGCGCAACAGGCACACCCUCCUGCCCAAGUUCUACGGCCUCUACAGUGUGCAUAUCGGCGGUAAGAAUAUACACCUCGUGGUAAUGAACAACCUCCUGCCUACAACUCUGCCAAUUCACCUCAAGUAUGACCUCAAGGGCUCCACCUACAGACGGCAAGCAUCACGGGACGAGUGCGCCAGGCCCGUGCCCACUUACAAGGACCUGGACUUCAUGAGGGACUUACCCGAUGGGCUGCUCGUGGAGGCUGGCCAUUAUGAUGUCCUCAGGAGCACCAUCCACGAGGACUGUCUGCUUCUGCAAAGCUUUAGAAUCAUGGACUACAGCCUGCUGGUGGCGGUCCACAAAAUACAGCAGGGAAUGGAGGACUCCUCUCCAUUCAUGUUUGAUCACAGCAUUGGAGUCAUCCCAGUGACCACAUGCAAGGGUGAGAAGAUGUUGGUCUUUGCUGGUAUCAUUGACAUCCUGCAAUCCUACAGGUGCCCCUCUUCUAUUGAUUGUGCUGACAUUUCAUCUUAA